AUGCCAUCAUUUUCCUCGAUUGGUAGUAUAUUGGAAUCUUGCGAUUCCGAUGGCGAUUCCAAUUCUUCGUAUAUUUCAUUUGCACCUGAGAUCAAUGCUUUGGAAAUUUCCAUUGAAGAGCUAAGGGCUCUUGAACUUGUAUAUGAAAAAGAGACAAGGGAUGGUAAAAACGGGCCAACAGACGAUGUCACUUUUUCCUAUGCAUGGGGACUGACUCGCAAGUUGCUCGAGCGAUCUCCAGAUAGAAAGCGAGAUUGUCUAUAUUAUUUGGCGAUUGCUUACUACCGCCAAGAUGAUCUCGUGGCUGCCAGAAAAUGCGUAAACGACCUCUUGGCUUUCGAGCCAACCAAUGAACAGGCACUUGCCGUACAGCGCCUGAUAAAAAAGAAAAUUUCGAGAGGUUCCUGGAUGUCCCUUUCAUUUGUGUAG